AUGGCUGUAGCAGACAGCGGAUAUCUGUUUCGUCUCGUCGACGUUGGGGCUCCUGGCCGCAUAAGUGAUGGAGGCGUCUUCAAACGCUCUCCGAUUGGCCGACAACUGCAUGCUGGUCUGCUGCAGCUGCCUUCGCAUUCACAGCUGCCUGGCUCCCACAAAACACUCCCGUUUGCCUUUAUAGGGGACGAGGCUUCACAGCUGCGAGAAGACUUCAUGAGACCCUUCCCUGGAUAUAGGGAAGACCCUGCUGAGCGGAUAUUCAAUUACCGUCUGAGCCGUGCACGGAGAUGUGUAGAGAAUGCCUUUGGCAUUCUGCGGGCACGGUUCAGCAUCUUUCGUGGCCCCAUCAACCUGAGUCCCGAAAACGCCAAACGGGCUAUGAAGGCAGCGUGUGUGUUGCACAAUUUUUUGUGCAUGGAGUCCAAUGGUCGCUCUUCAUAUAGCCCAGUUGGAUUUGCCGACCAUGAAGAUGUAUAUGGCAAUAUGAUUGACGGUGCGUGGAGAGCAACAACCGACACAGAUUCGGCAACAUUUGGCCUGCAGCCAACGCAUGCGCGGAAAUGUGCUCACUCGGCAUUGCAGGUUCGCAAGCAGUAUGCAGCGUACUUUGCGAAUGAAGGAAAAGUUCCCUGGCAGUGGAAAUUACUGGAAAUUGAUGAACCCGCUGAUGAAGAAGUGCAAGAAUAAUGACUCAAUAUUGUGUAACUAUUCGUCUGAAA